AUGGUUAAAAAAUUAUUAAAUGUUUUAAAUGUUUGUAAGCGUGCAAUUAAAAAAUUAAAACCACGUAAACGUGAUCAAAAUGUAGUAUCACAAGAGCAAGAAAACGCACCGCGGUCAUUUUGGAAGAAAGUGCUACCACGAAAACUAAAACGGAAAAAAAGAAAAGACAAUGCAAUAAUUCAAAAUAAAUUUAAAGACCCAGUAUCUUCACCAUCACUUCCCACGGAAUGUUUGAUCGAAAUAUUUACUUAUGUACAAGACGAUUUAAGAACCUUGAACGCAUGUCUUUUGGUCUGUAAAGAAUGGUGUAAUGUUGUAAUUCCUCUGUAUUGGAGUAGACCAUUCCAUUGCAAGACUUCUGCAAAUGUUAUAAAGACAUAUCUUCAAUGUCUUUCCAAACAUGAAAGACAGAAUAUCAAAACUUGCGGUAUUAAAUUAAAACGAAAUAAACCACCUACAUUUUAUUAUGCGAAUCUACUUCGAGAACUUAGUAUGUCAAAAUUAUAUUUAUCCGUAGAUUCCUGGAUACAUAUAUCUCAAAAAUCUAUUAAAAAUUAUCCAAUGUUCACAUAUCAUACCAAGAACUCAUCAAUUCUUUCUGAUCUUCAAGAUCUGUCAAUUCAUCAUGUAGAUACACGCGACGUAUUCAGAGAAUUAUCUUGGAGUUGUCAAAAUUUAAAAAAUCUUGAGAUAAUAGAUUACACAUUCUUGAAUCUUCCAGAAAUUCGUCAUCGAUCAAUUCACACUCUAAUCUCUUCUCAAACUAAUUUACAACGUUGUAAAUUUUUUGCGUAUGGUUUAAGUCCAAUACAACCAAUUGAUGCGUUAAGUACUCAAACAAAAACACUUACACAUUUUGAAUUAGUUUAUGCAAAAUUUUAUGCGAAUAAUUCGGACGUAAAAGAUUCUAUAAAUGCAUUUAAAGCCUUAGCAAAUUGCACAAAUCUUGAAUCUAUUAUCAUUAAUAGUUGUUUGUUUUCAAGUGAUAAAAUUUUACAACCAUUAACAACAGUAAAAUUUCCAAACCUAAAAAUAUUACAUUUUAAAUCUUUAUUAAGUAAUAUUAGCACAAUUUUUAUCGAUAUGAUAAAAGCAAAUUCGAGAUCAUUACAAGAUUUGUGGUAUUCUGAUAAAGUUGCUAGAAAUCUAACACUCCCAAUUUUAGAAACUGUAGUAACAUAUUUAGAGAACAUUUCGAGCUUAAAACGGUUAAUAAUUCCAUUCAAGAGCGAACAAGCACCACAACUGUCCCCAUUUUUAAUACAAUGUAAAAGCUUAACAACUUUAAAAUUAGUCGGCCCUUAUGGACAAGAACGUGAAAUUAAUGAAUAUUUACCAGAGUUGGCGAAUGAAUUACCCUUGUCAAUAAAGCACUUGAGCAUUGAUUUAAAUUGGGUAGUAUUGACGACUCUGGAAGAGUUUUUUGAGAAUUGUAAGGCUGAUUUGGAUACAUUUUAUAUCGGAGGUUGGAAAAGACAAAUGCCAGAAGUUCACGUUAAAUUGAUCGAACAAUAUUUAAAGAAGGAAAAGAAUUCGAUAGAUCUUUUCAAGUUUUUAAAGGACAUUCGUAGCUAA